AUUCGGAUGUAGGCCUAUAACUAAUUCUUCCACAACAAGUACACAAGAACCACGUCUACUUGAUUUUGAGUGAAGUGUCCGUGGUUACCAUACUAUGGGGGGGCUGCAGUUCCAGUGGCCAAGUGAUUAAGACGUCUGACAUUCUGCUACCACUAGCCAUCCACCACUGGGUCACAGGUUCGAGACCGACGUGGGGCAGUCACCAGGUACUGGCGGUUGGUUGGUAGUUUUUCUUCGGGAACUCCAGCUUUCCUCCACCAUCAAAACCUGGCACGUCCUUCAAUGACCAUAGCUGUUAAUAGGACGUAAAACACAAACAAACUAAUCACUGCUGUGUGAUUCUCUUUAUUUGAAAAAGUUGAUUCUCAUUUAAAAAUGGGUGUACUAAACUUGUGGCAGAUUUUGGGUCCUGUUCAGCAACAUCAGGAAUUAUCAGAACUCAAGGGUCAGGUUUUGGCUGUGGAUCUCAGUAUAUGGGUGUGUGAGACACAAUGUGUUAAGCAGAUGCAAGGGAUUGUCUCUAAACCUUUUCUCAGGAACCUUUUUUUCCGAAUCCUUCAUCUGCUGCAGCUUGGUGUGCAUCUUGUGUUUGUGGUGGAAGGAGAAGCACCAGAUUUAAAAAAGGAUAUAAUGUGCAAACGUCAGGAGGCCAGAUUUCAUAGCAAACCUCAAGGUUUUAAAGGUCAAGGUCCUAGAGGAAGUGGAGGUAAAGGCAGCAGACGUAACUUCAAUGCUUGUCUCCGAGAGUGUUGUAGGAUGCUGGACUGCCUUGGUGUUCCGUACCUCCACAGCUAUGGGGAAGCCGAGGCCUUGUGUGCUGCCUUGGAUGCCGCUGGGCUUGUCGAUGGCUGUCUGACAAACGAUGGUGAUGCCUUCCUGUAUGGAGCCCGGACAGUUUAUAGGAACUUCACUAUGAACACCAAGGACCCACACGUGGAGAGUUACUCUAUGAGCAGUAUUGAAAGUCGUCUAGGACUGGACAGACAGAAGAUGGUUGCGAUUGCACUACUCCUUGGCUGUGACUAUUUACCGAAAGGAGUUCCAGGUGUUGGUGUAGAUAAAGCCACAAAACUGCUGACAACGUUACAGGGCUAUUCCAUUCUGGAUAGGUUCCACAAAUGGCGCCAGAUGUCUGAUGGUGAAUGUGUGGACCCCAUUGAAUCCCUAGUCAGAAAGAAGGCGUUGGCCCUGCCAGACUUCCCUCAGAUUCCAGUUAUCACUGAGUUUCUGACCUCCAAGGAUAAAUGUCCAUCUGCCAUAAAAAGCUGGAGCAGACCACAGAUAGCUGAACUUCAGAAGUUUGCCUUGGACAAGAUGGAAUGGGUCGUGGAGUACACCUUAGAGAAAGUGUUGCCAUUGGUUACACUGUGGGACAUGACGUUCAUAUGUAAGCAAGGCCAUUCUUCAGAUAGGCUGCUACAGCCUUUAAGGGUUGUGAAAUCCAGAACUAGACAAGGUGUCCAUUGUUACGAAGUGGAAUGGAACAAACCAGAGAGCGACACCCUGUCUCCCCAGGCUGUCUACACCACCAUAGAAACACAGGAUUUGUUCUCCAAGUGUUACCCAGAGUUAGUCCAGGAGUUUGAGAAACUUGUGGCUGCCAAAGUAACAAAAGGUAAAUCAAGGAAGAAGAAGGAUGUUGAACAUGACAGUGCUGUAGUAAAAAGUUCACAGAACCUUGAUGAGGAUUUGUGUGAAGCUGUGGGUAAUCUCAGUCUCACCACUGAUACACGAGGGAGUCAGCCAUCGAGGGGCGGAUCUAGUUCCCUAGGAAGGAAAGUUGAGAAAGAAAGAAUCCAACAGGAAAAUGUUAAACUAUUGACUCAACAACUUAGAGACACUGAGAAAGAGAUAAGAUACAGCACACAUGAUGAUGUAAAACUGAAUGAACAAGAAAGCCACACGGCCAGUAUGGUAAAGGGAACAGCUAGCCAACAAGAGGGGAAACUGAAGGUCACGCCAGAGGUCACAGUUGAUAGAUACAAUAAUUCGAAGAUCAAACUCCCUGACUUUACAUCAGAUUUAUCACUGCACACGAGAAGGAACACAGAGGAGCAUAAUAGAAAGGCAAUAACUGUGGACAUGUGUGAGAAAAAGGUGCAGGGAACAGAAAAACAAAAUCGCGUCCCAGACAUAAACAGGCGUUCAGAAGUGUCUACAGCAGUCAUGAUAAGUAAGCAAGACACCGGUGUAACUGAGGAGGAAUGUAGUGAUGAUGAGGAGGAGCAGGCUUACAUACCACUGUCUCAACGAGUGCAGAUUAAUCUAAAGGUGGCACUCAAAAAGAAACAUAAAGCUUCAACAAAAGCCAAGAAUUUCAGCAUCCGAUCAGAAAACUUGGAUGUGUCAGGGCUUUGUACAAUGCUUGGCUCUGUCAAAGGAUCACAACAACUACCAACCAAACUAGCAAUCACAUCAACUCAGCCAGACCAAGACACAGAAGGAAUGUGUGACAAAGUGGAGGCUCAUUUACCUAAUCCUGUUACAUCAACAAGCCGUGGAGUCAGUAAAGAACAAGACAAAGACAAGAUGAUGUCCGAUAAAAGUUGUACACUAGGCACAGCACAAAAGUCAUAUCCAGAUAAAACGUUAUUGAAUGUGGAGGGAGUAAGACAGACAUUCAAAGAUCGCUUGUAUUCAAGGUUGAGCGUGAAGAGUGUUAAUAGUGUGAAAUCAAGGAGAGGCCGCAUCUGUUUGAAGGAACAGAAAUCAUGUGUGGAAAACCAGGAUCUACAACAUUGUGAAAUAUUGACAAAGGAGGAGAAUACCAAACUAUUCAGGCUUGGAACAGUUUCAACCAGAGAGGAGGAUAUCCAGAUACACAAUAGAAACUUAGUGUCUGGUCGCCAUGUUACUGAUGUCGUCGAACAACAGUAGUAUGGAUUCAUAUUCUGUAUCUGGGAUAGAACAGCUUACACCUAGGAAGUUAGUUGAUGUGAUGGACACAGAAGUCAUGGCACCACCUUCAGGCUCUAGAGUGACACAUGGACAGCAAGGCACAGUCCAGAUCAACCUCCCUGAUAUCUCAAAGUUGUCCCCCUCUGUAUCACGCAAUCUAAACAGUAGUCCGAAUUGUAGUCAAGACCUCUUUAAUUUAACUGAUUUUAGCUGUGUAGAGAAAAUCAAUUUUACAAUUUCAACACCCACUCCUUGUAGAACCUGUAACCAUCAAAUGUCUUGUAGAAGUGAUCACAGCAUGUCGACGCCCAUCAGUAACAGCAACCAACAUCGUCUAAACAACUGUGGACCAGUACAGGAAACACCAUGCACAACAGAGAUGCAAGCAAAUUGCCAUCGGCCUGUUAUAGACGAGAAAAGUUUAACAGAAAGUCCUCACAGUGUACUUCACUACAAUGAGUCGUUAAACUUGACAGGCAAUCAAAGUGUCACAGAAUUUGGCAAUUUUCAGAUUGAGUCAUCCAUUCUGAGAAAUAUGGACAGAAGUCACCAAGUGAGUGCGGAUCAAUCACAGGACAUCUCAAGCUUGGGUGACCUCUCACAUAAUUACUCAUCCAGUUUAGGAAAAAAUGAAACACAAAACCAGGAUAUUGUUUUGCAGAAGUUUGAAACUAAAGGACAGCCACCAGAUGCUUUUUUGAAGAAAACAUGUGUUUCAGAUCACUCGCACUUGUUAUCAACAGACACAGAAUGUAAAGAAGUGCAAGGCCAUCAUUACCCUGGAUAUAGAGAUCAGGAAGAAUGUUUAGCUGGCUGUGUACACAGCGGUGCUGAUGGACAUGAGGAUGCCUCGUACAAUACACGUCUUGAUGGUAACAACAAGGGAAGUAUGUCUUGCUCUCCACAGUACACGGCAAAAUCACCAGAUUCCCAAAGUAAUCCUGGACACCAUAGCUCUGGCUACACUAGCAUGGAUGAUAGUGUGGCAUUCAAGUUAGUUGAUAGUAAAGGUGACCAUUUGCCAUCAACAGAAAAUGUGAAGGGUGACAGAGUGAAGCUGCAGGGUUUAGCAUCACUCACAACCCACAGAACUGCUAGUCUGUUAGACAUUGGUGGAAAACACAGAAACAAACCUGAUGUCAGAUCAGAGUCCCACACAAACUAUCCUCAGUGUACAUCAGGACAUUUGGUGUCAAAAUACAGCAGCGAACCAGCAUCUACUGCCCAGUGUACUGUUAGGGCAGGGAAUAGACACACAGAUACACUGGACAGGAGACUGGAGGGAAAGCUCACCAGUCACGUGGCCAGUGUGUCUGUACCUUUACCAUCCAUAAAA